AUACCGAAGCUGGAUCGAUGGCGGGCUCUGGGAAAUUCUGCGAUUUGGGCGGUGUUGCUUCUGGGGCUUGGCGGCCACUAGCGUCAACAGCUCAAGCUGGGCGAGAGAGAGAGAGAGAACAGCUCUCGACGACAUCACCUUUCUUCCCACUUUGCUCUUCAUCUCCAUCUCAUUCAUUAAUUCCUUGAUUCUCUACGACCGUCUAAUACUUCUCCGACUGUUGUACUUUUGAUUAUCCGCUUUCCUCGCCCUGUGUCUAGCCACUAUCUCUCGCCAUGCCUAGCGCCACGGGAGAGAACUGGGAGAAGUACAAGAAGAACUUCGCUGAUGACGAAGAGCCUGAGAAGAAGAUCACCCCUCUCACAGAUGAGGACAUCCAAGUACUCAAGACAUAUGGCGCGGCUCCCUACGCAAAUGCAUUAAAGAAGCUAGAGAAACAGAUCAAGGACAGGCAAGCGAGCGUGAACGAGAAGAUUGGUGUUAAGGAAUCCGAUACGGGCCUGGCACCUCCACACCUUUGGGAUGUAGCUGCAGAUCGACAACGUAUGGCAGAGGAGCAACCAUUGCAGGUGGCUCGCUGCACAAAGAUCAUUCAGGAUGAGAAGGAUGCCGACAAGAGCAAAUAUGUCAUCAAUGUCAAGCAAAUUGCCAAGUUCGUCGUGAAUCUAGGGGAGCGCGUGAGCCCUACGGAUAUCGAGGAGGGCAUGAGAGUUGGUGUCGAUCGAAACAAGUACCAGAUCAUGUUGCCACUUCCCCCCAAAAUCGACCCCAGCGUGACGAUGAUGACCGUCGAAGACAAGCCCGAUGUGACAUACGGAGACGUCGGAGGUUGCAAAGAACAAAUUGAGAAGCUACGAGAAGUCGUCGAAAUGCCACUACUAUCCCCUGAGCGGUUCGUCAACCUGGGUAUCGAUCCCCCCAAGGGUGCUCUACUGUACGGUCCUCCCGGUACCGGAAAGACCCUCUGUGCCCGAGCUGUGGCCAACCGAACGGAUGCCACUUUCAUUCGUGUUAUUGGUAGUGAACUGGUUCAAAAAUACGUCGGUGAAGGUGCCCGAAUGGUCCGCGAGCUCUUCGAAAUGGCCAGAACCAAGAAGGCAUGCAUCAUCUUCUUCGACGAAAUCGAUGCCGUCGGUGGAGCUCGUUUCGAUGACGGAGCGGGCGGUGAUAACGAAGUGCAACGCACCAUGCUUGAGCUUAUCACGCAGCUGGACGGGUUUGACGCUCGAGGUAACAUCAAAGUCAUGUUCGCAACCAACCGACCGUCAACUUUGGAUCCUGCCCUGAUGCGCCCUGGACGAAUUGACCGCAAGAUCGAGUUCUCGCUGCCCGACGUCGAGGGCCGUGCUAACAUCCUCCGAAUCCACGCCAAGAGCAUGUCUGUGGAGAGAGAUAUUCGAUGGGAGCUGAUUUCUCGACUGUGCCCUAAUGCUACGGGAGCAGAGCUGCGAAGUGUUGCAACAGAGGCGGGCAUGUUCGCCAUCCGAGCUCGACGGAAGGUUGCGACAGAGAAGGACUUUUUGGCGGCAGUGGACAAGGUGAUCAAGGGUAACUUGAAGUUCAACUCAACAGCAACAUACAUGCAGUAUAAUUAG